AUGCUGUCGACUAGCCUCCAGGCAAAGCUUUGCGCGCCAACGAAGCAGGCCUCUCCGCUCUCACGAGCUGUGUUCUCCCUUCUCUACAGCCCUUCGACUCAUGGAUAUUCUCGAGUUGCAUGUAUAACCAUCCAACAGCACAGCUCGAGAUCCUUUACGACCACCCAAGACAAGAAGCUUCGCGAUUUCUUUCCGAUCAAGGAAACGGAAUCCAUCAGGCAGACCUUGCCCGCCUGGCCUCACCAUGGUUAUACGGAACAGGAGAUGCUCAGUGUUGUCCCAGAUCAUCGCCCCGCGAAGACGGUGGGUGACUGGUUUGCAUGGAAAAUUAUGAGGAUCUGUAGAUGGGGCAUGGACUUGGCUACAGGUCUUCGAGAUGAGCAGCAGGUCGACAAGAAGAACCCGACAACCGCCGUAACCACCAUCAAACCCCUGACCGAGGCUCAAUGGAUGAUCCGUUUCCUUUUUCUCGAAUCGAUCGCCGGCGUACCUGGAAUGGUGGCGGGAAUGCUAAGACAUCUCCACAGCAUCCGACGCUUGAAGAGAGACAACGGUUGGAUCGAGACUCUUCUCGAGGAAAGUUACAAUGAGAGAAUGCACUUGCUGACAUUUCUGAAAAUGAGUGAGCCAGGACGGUUUAUGAAACUCAUGAUAAUUGGCGCUCAAGGAGUAUAUUUCAACUCUUUGUUCCUCUCCUACCUGAUCUCGCCGAAGAUUACUCAUCGCUUUAUCGGGUACCUGGAAGAGGAGGCAGUCCACACUUAUACGAUGGCGAUCAAGCAAAUCGAUGAGGGCCACUUGCCCAAGUGGUCAGAUCCUAAUUUCGUCAUCCCCGACAUUGCCGUCAAGUACUGGCAGAUGCCCGAGGAAAAGCGAACAAUGAAGGACCUCCUCCUCUACAUCCGUGCCGACGAAGCCUGCCAUAGAGGUGUCAACCACACACUCAGCAAUCUAAACCAAACCGACGAUCCCAACCCCUUCGUCAGCGAAUAUAAGGGCGAACGAAAUCCGCCCAGGCCAGCUUCGAAACCCCAAGGAUUCGAACGAGAAGAAGUGAUUUGA